UUUACGCUGUGUUUUCUUCAUCAUUGUAUCAUCAUGUGGUAUCGUUGCGUUUUAUAGUAAUUUGAAAUCUUCAUCAAAUUUAAGCGGCUUUAUAUACACGACCUGAACUGAUGUACCGUUAACAUUGUGAGCAGUUUAUUGUAACUAUCAUAGUUUGAAUGCUAAUUCUCAACCCACAUCAUGGAGCGUGACAGCGGUCGGUUUCCAUUCCCCUUCCAACCUUAUCCCAUCCAGGAGCGCUUUAUGGAGUCUCUUUACACUGCUUUGGAUCAGGGGAAAGUUGGGAUAUUUGAGAGUCCAACUGGCACGGGAAAGUCUCUAAGUCUUAUCUGUGGUGCAUUGACAUGGCUGAGAGAUCACGAGGAGAAGAAACAAGAGGCUGCCAAACUUCUGAAUACUGAAGGUUUGGAGAAAGGGAGUGAUGAUGGGAAGGAGAAGAAGAAGAGCAGUGAAGCAUCAGAGCCUGACUGGGUGUCUGAGUUUGUCCAGAAGAAAGCAGAGAGAGACAUGGUGAAUAAGUUAAAGGAUGAAGAACUGAAAAGAAAGAAGAGAGAGGAGAGACUGGAGAUGAUCAGACACAACGCUCAGCUCAGAUAUGCCAUGAAGAGAAAAGCCACUGAGGAUGAUGAGACUGUAAAGUUACUGCAGCUUAGCAAAGAGGGGGCGGAGUCAGAAACACACGACCCAGAAGAGGAGGGGCUUAUCGUAGCAGAAUAUGAGAGCGAUGAGGAGGCCACACCCAAAAGCAGGCUGUGUGAGGAUGAUGAUGAUGAAGAUCUAGAAGAAGAUCAUGUCACUAAGAUUUAUUAUUGUAGCAGAACUCAUUCGCAGCUGGCACAGUUUGUGCACGAGGUACAGAAGAGUCCUUAUGGGGACAGCGUUCGAUUGGUCAGUCUGGGCUCCAGACAGAACCUGUGUGUUAAUCCAGAGGUUGUGCGGCUCGGAAAUGUCCAAAUGAUGAAUGAUCGCUGUUUGGAAAUGCAGAAAAACAAACACGAUAAACGAGAAAAGGCGUCAGACUCGGAGCCGAAGCGGCGCCGCGGUGUUGCCAAAGCGACGUGUCCCUUCUCUGGUUUUGAGAAUUUGAUGUCGAUGAGGGACGAGGUGCUGGUGAAGGUGCGAGACGUCGAACAACUCUUACAGCACGGGCGAGACACACACACGUGUCCUUACUACAGCACACGCAUGGCCAUACCUGCAGCUCAGGUGGUGGUGUUGCCCUAUCAAACUCUGCUCCAUGCUUCCACUCGCAAAGCUUCUGGGAUCAAACUAAAGGAUCAGAUUGUGAUUAUCGACGAGGCUCAUAAUCUGACGGACACAAUCUCAGCCAUACACAGUGUAGAAAUGAACGGAGCACAGAUUUGUAGGGCUCAUUCGCAGCUCUCCCAGUACUGUGAGCGCUACAGAAGUCGAUUAAAGGCUAAAAAUCUGAUGUACAUCAAACAGAUUCUCUUUGUUUUGGAGGGACUUGCACGCACACUUGGAGGUAAAGUGGGUCAGAAUCCAAACACUCAGUCCUGUCAACCAGGAAGUGAGCUACUGACUAUUAAUGACUUCCUGUUUAGGGCUCAGUGUGACAACAUUAACCUUUUUAAGGUUCAGAAAUAUUUUGAGAAGAGCAUGAUCAGCCAAAAGUUGUGUGGAUUUGUGGAGAAGUAUGAAGGCAACGGCAUAACCUCGCAGUCCAGCUGUAAAAACAAAGAGAAUCGUCGUAUUGAAGGACUUGGACGUUACCUGCAGUCACUGCAAAACAACCCUACAGUUGUUUCAGAACAGCAGGUGGCAGCGGAGGUCAAACCCACCAUGGCCUCUCCAAUGAUGCUGGUCGAAAGUUUCCUGUUUGCUCUCACGAACGCCAACAAAGACGGACGAGUUGUAAUACAGCGACAGGCAUGUCUUUCUCAGAGCAGCCUGAAGUUUCUCUUACUGAACGCAGCCGUUCACUUCACACAGAUCGCGCGGGAGAGCCGGGCCGUGAUCAUCGCCGGAGGAACCAUGCAGCCUGUUGCAGAUUUUAAAGAGCAGCUUCUAUUCUCGGCCGGAGUGACGGAAGAUCGUAUUUUGGAAUUCUCGUGUGGUCACGUCAUACCUCCUGAGAAUAUCCUACCCAUAGUCCUUUGCACCGGCCCCUCAGGACAACAGUUGGAGUUCACUUUUCAAACCAGGGACACGCCACAGAUGAUGGAAGAAACCGGUCGUGUUUUAUCAAACCUGUGUAACAUAGUGCCGGGGGGAGUGGUCUGUUUCUUCCCUUCAUACGAAUAUGAGAAGAGAAUUCUGGGACACUGGGAGGCAACUGGAGUCCUCCAGCGCUUACAGUCUAAAAAGAAGAUAUUCCAGGAACCAAAGAAAGCCAAUCAGGUCGAGCAAGUACUCAGUGACUACUCCAAAUGUAUACAGCGUUGUAUUAAUGCCGAGGGCGGCCAAUCAGGGGCGCUGUUAUUUUCCGUAGUCGGAGGAAAAAUGAGUGAAGGAAUCAACUUCUCCGAUGACCUGGGCAGAUGUAUUGUUAUGGUUGGAAUGCCGUAUCCCAACAUAAAGUCACCAGAGCUGCAGGAGAAGAUGACGUACCUGGACAAAAACAUGCCUCAUAUAGAUGGUAAAAGUCCAGGGAAAGCAAUGAUUGAAAAUCUUUGCAUGAAAGCUGUCAAUCAAUCCAUCGGGCGUGCGAUUCGUCAUCGUGGUGAUUACGCAUGCAUUGUCCUGUGUGACCACCGUUACUCGCGUACAGGAACGCUGCAGAAACUUCCAGAGUGGAUUCGAUCCAGCACACGCACACACACCAGCUUUGGUCCUGGAUUCGCAAGCAUUAGAAAGUUUUUCUUAGAGAAGCGACAGAGACCGCCAGUCUGAGCAGACAGGAGACCAUCGAUUGCUUCACCAUUUGUUCGUUCUGCAUCACGAAUGUGUGUUACGACUCGGGACGUGUAAAUUAUUUCGUUCAGCAUCUCCGUCCUCAGGUUAUGCAGUUCAGCAUUUGUUCAUGAGAUCCUGACUUUAUUAAAAACGCCUCUUUGUGUGAAUCUGUGUUUGUAAGUGAAACUGUAAGAACACAGCGUUUCAGAUCGAGUUUAACAAUGAGUUUAUUU